ACACGAGCAGAGCUAACUGAUAGCUGUCCUGUACUUAAACGGUUUGUGGGUUUGAACUUCCGGUAUCAUCCUGUGAUGUUGUAACUGGAUAGUUUCGAAACAGUUGCCGUAUUUAAACUCCGUAUCGCCUCGUUUUGGCUUGACUUUGUGUUGAAACUGUGUGAGUGGACUAACGGUUAGGUAAAUAUUAAUAACCUGACUGUAUUCAGGACUUGACGGCCAAACCGGGUAAUGUAAAUAUUUAAAGACAGACUCUUGCGCCCCCUACCGUUGACUUAUCGACAUAAAGGUAUAAAACUGCUCUGACUUUGAAUCAUAGAAGUUAAACUGCCUUGGAAAUCUCUUUACAGAAGCUGCUGUUUUUAUUUCGAACUUUAUUUUUUCGUGAAAUAAACAAGCUCAGCAAUGAGGAACUUUUUGACCAAAGCGGGCCUGUUAGGCUCGGUCUCAGUGGCCCUGGGCUCCAUGUGGUGGUCACAGCAGAAGACAGAAUCAGACACUUGCUCUUCAGAUGCAGCCGCUGCUAGCCCUGCUUCUCUGUACGAACUCAAACUGGUCCAGGUCUUGUUCCGCCAUGGCGCUCGGACGCCUCUUAAGUCCAUGCCUGAUGUGUUAGAGGCUCGGUGGGAUCCUACGCUCCUGGAGGCUCCGCCACACACACACAUCAACUACACAGUGACUGACCUUAAGGGCGGACCUCGUCCAACGGCUCCUGUAGAGGACAGCUAUCGGAGGAACACACUGAGUGGUGGCAGUUUCCCUGGUCAGCUGACCACAGUGGGCAUGCAGCAGCUGUAUGAGCUGGGCCAGAGGUUGAGGAAUAGAUAUAUAGAGGAGACGCCUUUCCUCAGCCCCACCUUUACCUCAGCAGAGGUCUACGUGCGCUCCACUAACAUUGUAAGGACUAUAGAGUCUGCCAAGUGCCUGAUAGCUGGACUCUUCCAGCAAAAGCAAAAAGAUAUUGUGUCCAUCCUGACAACAGAGGCAGAAUCUGAAAUUCUCUACCCUAACUAUCACGGAUGCAAGCUGCUGAAAGUCCUCAGUGGCCCCCGCUGGGCUGAGUUGUCCACUCUGCCUGGCAUUGCUUCAGACCUGCAGAGCAUCCUGAGUGCACUGGGGAUCGCUGCUCACCAGCACGUCGACUUCAUCCUCAUUAGGGAUGACAUGGUUGCCAGAGAGACUCAUGGCCUUCCCAUCCCGCCGGUACUGAACUCCUGGAGGAAUAAGGUGGAGGACAGAGCUGUGGACAUGAUGUGCCGGCUUUACGAACCCAGCAAGAGUGAGAAGCUCCAGCUGUCGGUGGGAUCUCUCCUCCACCUGCUGUUAGACAACAUUGAGAAGAAGCUACAGGACAGCUCAGCAGAGGCCAACAGGAAGUUGUUCCUUUACUCAGCCCAUGACACCACUCUGAUUCCCUGCCUCAUGGCUUUGGAAAUCUACGACAUGAAAUGGCCACCAUAUGCUGCUGAUAUCACUCUGGAGCUGCACCAACACCGGCAGACCGGAGAUGCAUUUGUAAAGGUGUCCUACAUAGGCCAGGAUCAACUCAUACCAGGUUGCAGUGGAGUCUACUGCCCCCUGCAGGAGUUCAAAAAGCUCCUCUCCGCAUACACAUUAAACCCUGAAGUCUACGUUACUCGCUGCAACAGCACAGGAGGACCCACUGAACCCUGAACUUUCAAGAAACACAAAACCCGUCUUGACAUUAUGCUCAG